CUCCCUCUCAACGACUCUAAGGGAUUCCUUUGGCACAAACAUCUUUCCGGUCUUCUCGUAGUUCUUGAAACAUCUGUCUCAGUCAACUUCAGCCUUGAAGCGAGAUGUCUGACCUUAUGCGCACGGUUGAUACUCCCGCAUCUCGUUCCACGCCUUCAAGAGCCGACUUUCUCAUCGAAACACUGGGCUUGACAUACUUGCCAAAAGAAUCUGGAUAUAUCGGCAUUGUCGGUCGCUCAUGCCAUAAUGUCACUCCAGCACCUGCAACGCCGAACACAAGCGAGGCCAACAUUCCUUCUGUCUUUACUCGUUCCGCCAAACCUCUGGCGGCCCAAUCGCACAACUAUUAUAUGCUGACAGAAAAGUUUCCUGUUAAUUUUCUUCAUUUUCUCGACCCAGAUGACACACAUGUUCUGAUAGAGGGCGGGCCGGUGGAGUAUUAUACCUUUAUACCUCCACGACAUCCUUCGCUUUCCGGACGCCGUGAGGCGGAAUCGCCAAUUGCCGAGAAGAUCACUCUCGGUCGCGAUUACCUUGCGGGCCAAACACCCAUUGUUUCGGUACCCGGCAGGUGUUGGAAAGCAUUGAGGCUCUGUGAAGGCGCCGACUAUGCUCUCAUGGCGAACGUCCUCGCUCCGGAGUUUACUGAAGACCGGGUGAAGAUUGGGGCGGGUCAAGAGUUCAUAGAUAUGUUCGAGGAUACGGCAGCUUGGGCGACAGUCGAGUUCCUACGAUCACUCAUUGCCAACGAAACCUGGUCAGGUUAAUUUAGAAGGAAGCGAACAGACUGCUACCAGUAACCUUCACUCCUCCAGCCUUACAGAUUCUAGGUGUUUUCGUGGAACUGAUCGAAUCCCCACUGACGACGAAGGAAUGAGUAUCGGUCGUAUUAAACAUCGAUUUGAGAGAUUACAGCGCGCUGAUGGCUCAAGAAAUAUUGAUUGAUAAGAACUUUCGCUUACGCUUGCUAAAUACAUGAGGGUCUAUUGUCAACAGGCGACCUUCAGAACCGGCAUCACGGAUUAUGCCGCCGGCGCUGGAUCAUCUGAACGCUCCUUGUCCAUUUCCAGCGGGACGGACAUAGACGACGAACCAGAUGACUCGUUUUGAACAGGCACGACCUCGUCCUCCGCUGCCCGACUUACUGCAAAUCGACUCUUUCUCCGGAUUAUGUACCCAUACUUGUAAAACACGUAUGGCAGUGGAGCAAGUAAGGCACUCAGGGCCGCCAAGAUGGUCAAAGUCCAAUGCACGCCCAUAUUCUUGUAGAAGGGGAUGCCGACGACCGUCAUCCCCCCUGCAAUGAUAUAUCGAGCUAACGUGGCGAAUGUCAGCGCACUUGCAGCAUACAUCUCGUAACUGUCGAUGAUGUACAUAUAAGAGCUGAUGAAGAUCAUGAUUGUGCCAUAGCCGAAAAGGACCGAAGCGAUAAUUGGUGACCAGAUCGAGACGCUGGGGUAUGCUGUCCAGCCCAUCCACAAUAGUGAGACUGGUAUUGCUGGGGCACCACCCAGCAUGGCGAACCAUAGCCUGAUCUCGGGAUCGAAUUGCGCUUUGCCGUGUGCUUCUGCCUUUUUCUGGGCCUGUACAGUCAUCUUGUACAUCCAAGGCAGCCAGGCUCCACCGAAGCAUACGCCAAUGGCAAUUCCUAUGAAUAUCGUGUUUGAAAUACCUUGAGACACACCGUACGUCUCGCGAAAGAUGAAGUCGUAUCCAUCGAAGAAUGUGAAGAGAAUGAUGUACAAGACCGACAUAUACAAAGUGAUCAAGAAGAUCACUGGUUCGGUGACAGCCAUGACAAAUGGCCUCGGUAGGGCAACCCUGAGCCGCGUCACAAUUGGUAUGCGCUCGAUCUCGUGUGCAGCGUAGUAGCGUUUGUCGCCAGUGAUCCUGCGUAGAUGCCUGGCCUUCCAACUCAGCAAAAGCGGUGGAAAAGUCUCUGGCUGGAAGAAAAAGGCUAAAAAGAGCACGACUGCGGCUGUGAGCAGCGCGAUCCACUCUGUCCAUCUCCAUGUAUGCAGAUAAGGAGACUGAGGUACCCAGGCGCCCAUCACAGGACCAAGUGGUGGCCCGAGAAAUCCUCCGAGGGCGAAUAUCGGAAACAUGUACGUCUUCUCGAGGGGCGUGAACAUAUCCGACACUGAUCCUCCCGCGCAGACGAGGGGUGAUGCACCGCUAAAGCCAGCCAGAAAUCGGAAGACGAUUUGAGCGCCGAGGUUGGGAGCCAGUGCGGAGGCCAUCAGCCAGAUGCACAUGAAAAUGAGGGAGACGAUGUAUGUGCCACUUCUGCCCAACACUUCAGAGAACGGACCGCAAAUGAGUGCCCCGGCACCGAACCCAAUCAAAAAGACGCCGACCGCGAGUGUUUCUGUUACCUCGCUGACACCAAGGUCUUUCGCAGCUUGAGGUAGAACGGCUGCAUCGAUUGGCGCCGCCGCUCCGACCAUGAAUGCGAUGGCAGAUAUGAUAAGUGUCGCAUAAACCCGUCGAAAACGAGACCAAUUUCGGGGAUUCAAGGGGUCGUCAGGUCCGUCCCAUUCAACGAUCAGUAUUGACCUUCCGUUGACAACCUUGGUCUUUUGGCGGGAUAAGCAUGGUAGUUGGCGUGCAGACUCGACAUCGGGAGACUCGAGUUGCUUCUCGAUCGUGCGUCCUAUUCGACGAUAUUGCAGGUAAGUCUCCAUCGUGAGGUUUGAAGGAUGUUUAUGGAGGUAGAGGCUGGUACAAGACUGUGAGCCGAGGACAUGAGGCGGUUACUGCUGGAGGCUUUAUAAUCUUGGGAUCGAUAUACAUGGUAGCAAAGAAAAAACUGGCAAAAACAUAUGGAAGGCUCGUUCAAGAUUGGCAAAAUUGAUGCAUUACGAAAGCAAACGGCAAGAUUCCUAGAAAAGGUAACUCCAUAACCGCCAGGGACGGACUCGGUCGUAGCAAAAACUUGAGCGGAGAAAGCGGAAGAAGUACCUGUGUGAGACAAAGACGCAUUCCGGAUAGUGCCACUGGAGAUUGCAUCAAUGCGAUAUUGGAAAGAAUGAUGUGUGUGUGUGUGUGAUAAGGAGUGGAUUUUUGAGUAUUUGGGAACCCUUCGUACAAUAGUACUGUAGCUACUCCGUACCUGGGCAAAGUAGGUAGGUAGGGUGUGUACGAAGAGCAUUUUACGGGUUAUCGGGGGCACCUUCCGGGGAGCG